UUUACCUGUUCCAACAUGAGCCUCUGAUCUCUAUAAAACCCCUUCUGGUUCCUUCUCAUUCCCACACAGAAACUAUAGUUCACGCCUUCACUGUCUGCAACUCUGUAUCAGUAAAUGGCAACCUCCUUCUCCUCUGCUUCUUCCUUCUUCCUCGUCUUCUCUACCUUCCUACUCUAUUCCUGCUUUGCUUCCUUGGCAGCCGAGGGUUAUCCUCCCUGUCCCAUUUCAUCUCUCGUGAGCAAAAAGCUCUUUAAAACCAUCUUCCUCCACAAAGAUGACUCUGCAUGCCCUGCCAAAGACUUUUACACCUACGAGUCUUUCAUUCUUGCCGCCAAAUGCUUCCCUGAAUUUGGCACCACCGGCAAUAUAGCCACGCGAAAGCGUGAGAUCGCUGCAUUUCUUGGUCAAAUCUCCCACGAGACCACUGGUGGGUGGGCCACCGCCCCUGAUGGACCCUAUGCCUGGGGCUUGUGCUUCAAGGAAGAAAUUAAACCUCAAAGUAAUUACUGUGAUUCCACCAACGCUCAAUGGCCUUGUUACCCUGGCAAAAGUUACUAUGGCAGAGGACCCAUUCAACUCUCUUGGAAUUUUAACUACGGGCCAGCUGGGAAGGCUUUGGGAUUUGAUGGGCUGAGGAAUCCCGAAAUCGUAGCCAACAAUUCUGUGAUAGCGUUUAAAACGGCUCUGUGGUUUUGGAUGACGGAACGAAAGCCGGUACCUUCUCCUCACAACGUGAUGGUGGGCAAAUAUGUGCCGGCACAAGCUGACACAGCAGCUAAUCGUACGGCUGGCUACGGGUUGGUGACCAACGUAAUCAACGGUGGAUUGGAGUGUGGAAUCCCUAACGACGCGAGAGUGAAUGAUCGGAUCGGGUUCUUCCAAAGAUAUGCCAAAUUGUAUAACGUGGACACGGGGCCUAAUUUGGACUGCGCUCAUCAGAAAUCAUUUUAAGUUCUAACUAAUCCUUUUGUUCCGGCUUCGGCUUGCCUUUCUUUUUGUCCUUGGUGUAACUCCUAAAAUAAAUAAUAUAUUUCAA